AUGGACAAGAGUGAUAUCUCCCACGUUGAAAUCGCUCAGGACCCACCUCCUAGACGAAAUGGACUCCACGUUGAGCUUUUCAAAGAUGGUGAAGUCGUUUUGAUUCCAACUCCAUCUGCAGAUCCCAGGGAUCCCUUGAACCUCCCAGCAUGGCGGAAAUGGAUACUCCUGAUUCUUGUAUCCGCAUACAGCUGUACAGCCGUUGUCCUGGCUUCUGGAAUGGGAUCCAUUUUCUCGGUUGUUGAGGCUUCCUACCCUGGUCAAGAAACAAAGGCCAAUGAUUUAAUGACCUACCCGACCUUGUUCAUGGGUAUUGGAAAUCUGAUUUCGAUGCCUUUGGCGUUCACAAUUGGUCGUCGUCCGGUUUUCCUUGCCUCGAUGCUCCUUCUUAUCGCAGCGGCGGUAUGGUGUCAGUGCUCGACUAGUCUGGAUAGUCACAUUGCAGGACGAAAUAUCAUGAGUCUUGCAGCCGGACAAAGCGAGGCACUUUCCCCGAUGAUUGUACAAGAGAUUCAUUUCUUGCAUGAGCGUGGUCGGAAGAUUGCUUGGUUUAUUUUCAUCCAGAAUAUUGCUUCUGGUGUCUUCUUCGUGAUCUCGACAUAUAUGGUCUCUGCCUGGGGAUGGAGAUGGUGGUACGGGUUCUUCAGCGUUAUGAACGCAGUGAUAUUCCUCUUAUCGAUUGUCUUCGUUACGGAAUCUCAAUACGAAAGAACCGAAGAAGCAAUGCGCGGUGAGCCCUUGGCAACGAAGACAGUUGAAAAUGAAGUUCCCGACGCCGCAGUUGAAUACGAACCCCGUCGCUGGAAAGACGAUCUCAAGCCUAUGAUCAUCAAACCGCGAUGGCACGAAAUCCCCACAUUCUACAAACACAUCUUCCAAGGCCUGUUCAUUCCAACAACACUGUGGCUCCUUCUUUUGAACGGUGCAAAUCUUGGAACAUACGUCAUCGAAGCCUCUACCUUCUCCAGUGUCCUAAUGGCACCACCGUAUAACUUCAGUUUCGACGCAUUAGGUUACGUCCAAGCAGGGCAAAUCGUCGAUUGUCUUGUCUUCCUUCCACUACUAGGGUAUGGAAGUGACCUCGUCAUUCGAGAACUGAGUUGUCGGAAUAACGGACUGUAUAAACCCGAAUACAGACUCCCCGUUAUCGCCAUCCCAGCUAUUGUUGGUGUAGUAUGUGGGAUCAUAUAUGGACAAGCGGCCCAAAAUCCCGAGAAAUGGAGUGUUGCAUCCAUUGUGAUUGGGUACAAUGCAAGCUACUUUGCAUUCCUUGGUGCUAAUAUCGUUGGUAUCACGUACGCAGUUGAUAGCUUUCCUUUCCAUGCGGCACCUUUCUUGGUGGUUAUUUGUGCGGGGAGAGGAUUUAUCUCUUUCGGUUUGAGUUACGCUACACUCCCAGCUGUUAAUACGCUGGGUUAUGCGAAGACUAUGAUUGUUGAGGAGGUUAUUUGUGCGGCUUUCGCGCUCUUUGCGAUUCCGAUGUUUUUCUUAGGACCGAGAAUGCGGGCCUAUGUUCAGCGGUGGUGUGGUGUUGAGAAGGCCGAUUGA